AUGAAUAAUGUUAAUGGACCCGCUGGACAAUCUGUGCCCGCACAGGUCCAUCAGUCAGCAGAGGGUGUCUUCAAGGCAGAAUUUGUACCACGUGUCGUUGGCGAACAUCGUGUCCAUGUCACAGUCUGUGGUAUGGCAACGGCUGGUAGUCCAUAUGCAGCUAAGGUUUACGAUGUUAAUGCCAUCAAGGUGAAAAAUGUCAGCAAUGGUACUGUGGGUAAACCAGUCACAUUCCUCGUCGAGACAUCACAAGCUGGUCCCGGUAACCUAGAAGUUACCGUGAAUGGUGGCCGUGUACCAACAUCGGCACAAGCACAAGGACAACAUACCUACGCAAUAAGCUUCACACCACGUGAAGCACAAAAUCAUACCGUCGAAUUGCGUUUCAAUUCUCAAGAUGUACCCGGAUCUCCGUUCACUUGUCGUGUUUCGGCAGCUGCUCGCAUACAAUCACCCGAGACAAUGGAUAAAGUUAGUGUGGGUCGUAUGUUUGAAUUCGUUGUGGAAUCCGAUACUAAACCCACAGUUGAAGUUUUGGGUCCAGCUAGACGUAGUGUACCCGUUAUGAUUGAUCCCAUCCAUGUGGGUUAUAAUGUGAAAUUUGAACCUGUUGAAGUGGGAGAUCACUCUGUGGAGGUAAGACUACCAGGUGGUGGUCAUGUUGAAGGCAGUCCAUUUUUGUUGAAGGCCUAUUCGGCGGAGAAAGUUGUUGUCACCGACAUCCGACCCGGUGUUGUGGGUAAAAGUGUUAGCUUUGGCAUCAAUGCUAGCCAAGCUGGAGCUGGCAACUUGGAGAUUAUUGUUGCGGUCAAUGGUAAAAAUGUUCCCAAUUUUGUACAAUCGGAAGGCAAUGCACGUUUCAAGGUGAAUUUUAAACCCACCGAAGCUGCAGCUCAUAGUUUGUCAGUGCGUUUUAAUGGCCAUCCAGUGCCUGGAUCUCCAUUUACAUGUCACAUUGGCUCGGCUCCUAUUAGUUUGCCGAGGGCUAUUGCCACGGGUGAGGCAUUGAAACAGGCCGCCAUUAGAGUGGAUAAUACAUUUGAUUUGGAUGGGUUUGAGGGUAUUGAGCCGCAGGUGUUUGUUACCUCUCCCUCAGGAGAUAAUGUACCGGCACAUGUUCAACAUCAAGGCGGAGAUUCUUAUUCGGCGACAUUCCGUCCAAAUGUUGUGGGACGUCAUUUGAUUAGUGUUACCGCUUCGGAUCAACAUAUUAAUGGUUCUCCGUUUUCAUGCAAUGUCUUCGAUGUCUCUCGGGUCACCAUCAGCGGUUUGGAGCAACAAUAUGGUCCCGCUGCAUUGGGUAUACCGGUGACCUUCAGUGUUGAUGCUGCUGGUGCCGGUGAGGGUACUUUGGAAUUGGUGGUUUCUACCGAUACCAGCACCGUGAAGGCUGAAGUUGUGGCAUGUGCCCGUGGCCUAUAUGAUGUGACCUUUGUACCACAAUCCACAGAACCGCAUUAUGUCAACAUAACAUUCAAUGAAAUGCCAGUUGAUGGCAGUCCCUUCCAGGUGGAUAUACAACAAACCGCCCAGACCAUACAAAUUGGUAGCUUGGCCAUGAUUGAUUUUCCAUCGGAUGAUCAAAUUGCUGAAAUUAUGGGUCCCGAUCAUAAACCUGUUCCCUACACCAUCAAUAGACAGACGGCAGAAUUCCGCACACAUAUGACGGGUAAUUAUUUGAUUCGCUUUAUUGACCGUGAAACAAGGCAGCAUGUUGGCACCCGUACCCUUACCGUUUUCGAUCCGUCAUUAGUGAAAAUUACCGAAGUUGGUGAGGCUUUGUGUCAUCGGCCGGCCAGCAUAUCGGUGUCGCUUAACGAGGCUGGCCAGGGUGAUUUGUCGGCCUAUGUGAAGUGUGGUGCUACCGAGGUUCCUCAUACCAUACGAGGACCCAGCAAGAAUGGUGUCUAUGAAAUUGUCUAUCAUCCUACGCGGGUGGCUCCCCAUAAGAUUACUAUACUCUUUAAUGAUGUUCCAAUAUCCCUAAAACCCUUGGAGAUAAAUGUGUUGCCUGCUGGUGUCGGCAAGGAGAUUAGCGUUAGCGGACUUGGCUUAUAUCAAGCUAGAGUUGGAAAGACCACGUCCUUUGCCAUUGAUACCAUUAAGCGGCCAGCAAGAGAAUUUGAUGUGGUCGUAUCGGGUCCUGGUGGACAAGCUCUUCCCGUGCGUUGUUAUCAAACCAAGAGUGGCCAUUUGCAGGCUGAAUUUACCAUAAAUAAACCCGGACAAUGUAUUAUUGAGGUUCUUCAUCAAUCCAAACCCCUACCCGGCAGUCCUUUCACCUGUGAAGCCUUCGACACAUCCAAAGUUUCCGUUCAAGGUAUUCCAAAAGCACCCAUGGCUCUACACAGUCCCAUUGCAUUUACGGUACGUACCGAAAAUGCUGGUUUGGCAGAAUUAGAAGCUUUUGCUGUGUCUCCGACAAAUCAAAAUGUUCCGGUUCAUAUUAAUGAACAAUCGGAGGGUAUAUAUAGCGUUGAGUUUAUACCCACACAACCGGGUACUUAUAAGCUGACACUGAUGUAUGGUGGAGAAACUUUGCCCGGUUCUCCGUAUACAUUUACCGCCUCGACAAAUGGUGCUAAGACCGAUACACGGGCGGCCGGUAAUGGCCUGGAAGUUUGUCAUCGCAACAAGGAGGCCUCUUUCAUUGUCUAUUGUCCCGUACAACCGAAUGUUCAAAUUGAACGUUCCGAUGAGUUUGGCGAACGUAUUGAACCCAAGAUCAAGCCGUUGGGAAAUAAUGAAUGGCGUAUUUCCUAUACCAUUCUGUCGGUGGGUCGUUACGAAAUUCGUGCCAGUUGUCCAAAUCGUGGUAAUUUACCCGGUUCUCCAUGGCACAUCUCAUGUGUGGAAUCCAGCAAAGUUACUCCCGUUGGAGGUUGGGGUACUCUGCUGGAUCAUGAAGGUCGUUUGAUAUUACCGGCUCGUAUAGUGUUCGAUGUUGAAAAUGCUGGACCCGGUGAGCUGAAUUGCACAAUUGAUGGUGUUGAAAUUCCCGUUGACAAACUGCCCGAUGGCAAGCUACGUUUGUACAUAAGUGGUGAUAAUAUGACACCCGGCGAGCAUGAUUUGGAAUUGACAUGGAGUGGCCUAACCAUAGUACAAUGCCCACGCAGUGCAUUUGUUACUGGACAACAAGCGGCCGAUAAAGUUGUUCUCACCGGUAGAGGUUUGGCUGCUGCUCAAGCUGGGGAGGCUGCUCAUUUCACAAUCGAUGCCACAGAUGCACCAGCCGGCAGACCAGAAGUUAUUCUCGUACAUCAAGAUAACACAUCGGUGCCGGUGAGUUUGGCUCAGCCCAGACCAAAUGAAGCCAUUUGGAUGGCCUCCUACACACCACAGAAAUCAUCAUCCGGCCCUCUCACACUAUCUGUUAAAUGGAAUGGCCGUUUGGUUAAAGGUUGUCCUCUCACCGUGGCAGUUGGUUCUUCUAUGGACGCCUCAAAGGUCAUCUGUUCCGGUGAAGGUCUACGACAUGGUAUUGUUGGUAAAGACAUUAAAUCAUGGAUUGAUACACGUCGUGCUGGUCCUGGUGAAUUAACGGCACACUGUGCUGGACCCCGCAAGGUGGCCUAUUGUGAACUAUACGAUCAUGGUGAUGCUACAUUUACAUUAAAUAUUAAACCCCAAGAACCUGGACGUCAUGUUCUCACAAUUAAAUAUGGUGGACAAAAUGUCCCAGGGUCGCCAUUUGCUCUUAAAGUGGCUGGAGCUCCCGAUGCAAGCAAGGUACGUGUCUAUGGCCCUGGAAUUGAACAUGGUGUUCUGGCAACCUUCCAAUCCCGUUUCAUUUGCGAUACCCGUGGUGCUGGUGCUGGCCAAUUGACAGUGCGUGUACGUGGCCCUAAGGGCGCAUUCCGCGUGGAAAUGCAAAGAGAAUCACAAAAGGAUCGAACAAUAUUGUGCAAGUAUGAUCCCACCGAACCCGGUGACUAUCGCGUAGAAGUGAAAUGGGCCGGCGAAUUUGUACCCGGAUCACCGUUCCCCGUUAUGAUAUUCGACACCGAAGAGGAGUUACGAAGCAUCAGCACUAUAAUAUUGCCAAACCCUGCCCUCAAUCUCCCGCAACAUCAUCUACAACAACAGCAACAACAACAUCAUCACAAUCAAUCAGCCCACCAUCAACAAGCAUCAAAUGCAGCCACACCAAUUUUGCCACUAUUUUCACAUCACCAGCAGACGCUGCUGCGUCUAUCGCCGUUAUAUUUAAAUGGUAACGGCUUAGGCGGUUAUCUGAGUAGCGUUGGUGGUGGCGGCGGCAGUAGCGGAAUUGCCGUCUGUUUCGGUGAUAAUAGUAGUCGCGCUGCCAGCCAACAGUAUCUAAGUAAUCCGGAUUUGACCUAUGACAUUGGUGGCUCACGUUCUUGUCUGAAUCGCAGUCGAUGUCGACAAGAGACGAGUUGUACCAUACUUUGA